GGCCCAGGACUCGGAAGACAAAGUUAAAGAAAUUUAGCAACCCCUUGAAAGACUUACCUAUAUAACCACCACCAGAGUUGACAAAUACCUAGAUUUGCAUAAAGGCAGUUACGAACUCAUGAUUUAAGAAAUCUGUAUCUGCUACAACUACCCUCCUUCCUUUCAUGGACCGUCACAGAUUGCAGUCUCUAUCUUCAUUCAUGGCCAAGAAAGGCCAUAAAACAGUGCUCACCUUUCAAAAACAUUGAUAGCUUAGUCCCUUGAGCGAUUUACUGUGUAGCCUUUUUUCUGGUCCAUAUGGACCACAAAAAGAGCAAAACCAACUGAGAAAAAAAAAUUGUCCAUGACACCAUCUGCAUAUCUUCGUUUGGAAGUGUUCCAGUUAUUUGUGGCUCUUGUGCCCCUUUUACAGCUCCAGCCGCCAUGUCCAUGUUCCAUUUAAUAUUUUCCUUAUGGGUCCUUUUGUCAGCGAGCUGCUGGUGUAUGUGCCUUUGUUCUACUUCAUGGCUCCCACAUAACUUUCUUCGACAAACAAAUAAACAGUUUGUACAAAAGACAGAUCAUUUCUGGGAGUUUCAAGAGGAAACCAACAGUUGGGUUCAAGUGCAACUCCCUUAUGAUCUGUUCUCUUGUGUUAAUAAUAACUGUACCAAGGUGGGUUUGAUUGAUCGAAAAACAAUCACUGGAGAAAGGAAAUAUGACUCUCACAAGAGCUUGAAAAAGAAAGAUGGUGAUGGUGGAGGACCAGAGGAGAAUUCUGAUAUUGUUCUGUCGCAAAGGAAAAGAAUUUCCUUGACAAAAAUGUCUGAAACAUCCAUCUGGGUAACAGGCGAAAGUGGAUCAAUCUAUGAAAGAUUUUGGAAUGGAGUCCAAUGGGUCAUAGCACCUCAUGAUUUGCCAAUAUCAGCAGGUCGUGCAAUCUCAAUUUUUAUUGUCAACCAGACAAUUCUAGCCUUGUCUGAAGUAGGAAGCCUUUACCAGAUGCAACUUAGUGAGAGUUCACAGCCAGUUUGGGUAGACUUCACACCUAUACUCUCUCAAAGCAUGCAUCAAGAAGCAGAUCAAAGUCCAGCAAUCCAAAUAAAGUCUGGUGUUGUUUCACAUGAUGGAGUGAGAGUUUACUUCUGCACAAAGAAUGGAUUGCUUUUAGAACUAAAUGAGGUUGAGCCUCAAAGGUGGGUAAAUCACGGCCAGCCUCCAGGUGCCUAUGUUGCAGGAAUAACUGAUGCUGCUAGUAUUAAAACAGAAGUAGUAUAUAUCAUAAGUUCCACAGGUGAUCUAUACGAAUAUGAAAGGAGCUCAAAGCCACCAUGGAGAAAACAUAUAUGGAAAGAUGAAACAGCACAAGAUAAUUCUCUGAUGCCAUUACUGGGGUAUGGUUCACGUGGAUUAAAUGGAGAUCACUCCAUAUCUCUGUUUCUUCUAACAAAGGGUGGUAAUUUGGUAGAGAGACAAUUAAACAAAAGAAAAUGGAAGUGGAUUACCCAUGGACGUCCGAAAGAUCAUCAUCUGACAUCAAUUACACGAGUUGUGCAAGAUGAAUUGAUUGAAAAUUUCUUCUCUCUGUUUUUCACUACAUCUACUGGAUCUGUUUUUGAAUAUCGAAUACCAAAACAUUCAGGUACAGUCCAAGAGAACCAUCUCGAGCGAUGGUUAAAUCACAUGCAUCCACCUCAUGCAAAAGUUGCAAGAGGUCUUGCCGGACAGCAAUUUCAGGUCAGCAGAAUAUUGUUCCCACUGGAUGAUGGAAGAGUUGCAGAACUACAUACAUCAGGCCUCGGUGGAGAAAAUUCAGGACCAAUUCAUCCAGUUAAUCACCGAAGAAAAGCGUCAAUUAAGUAUGUGUGGUCAAUCUUAGAUGCCCCAGAGACUGAAGGAUGGAAUGCAGAAUAUUGCACAGAAGAACGUGGCCCUACAAAUUGCAUUAUCGGUUCAAAAGAUGAACCAAAUGGUCAAAGUAACAGGAGAUCAGUGACAAGAAGGAGAAGAGGUAACCCAGCUCAAGAAGAUUACUUAUCUCCAGGUGCACCAGGGAUUAGAAUGAAGGAAAGUUUGGAAGAGUAUAGCUUUCCAGAUAACUGGAUCAACAAGCACUAUCGUCUAAGAGUGAUGCACAGAGGCAAAUCAUUUUUCCUAAUAGCAGAUGGUGGUUUGACUUUUGAAUAUCUUUACACUGAGAGUGUAUGGCUUUGGCUGAGGCAUGAUUACUCAACAGCUAUAAAAGGUAUCAGGAACUAUUCAGAGACAAUUUAG